CCAUCGUGUUGGACCCUGUGAAGUGGAGUAUUGGAUGUCGUGUGCAUGGUAAGUAGCACUCUAAACAGAAAAGAUAAAACACUCCAUUUGACCACCAUCAGCAAUUGUACACAACAUGGCAGUAAAUGCAGUCUCGAAUUUAGCCCAAAAGGUGAUGGGUGACCAGCCAACAUCUAUAACCAGCUCACAUACCAAUGUAAGUCGUCAAGAGGCGCUCGAAUCAGGCGAAACGAUGAAAGCUCUAACAUGGCAAGGUAAAUUUGACGUUCGCAUAAAAGAUAUGCCCAAACCUAAAGUCAUGGAAGAUCAUGAUGCAGUGAUCAAAGUGACAGGUUCAACCGUUUGUGGAAGUGAUUUACACCUCUUGCACGGUGAUAUUUUACAAUUACAACCUGAUGAUAUUCUCGGUCAUGAAGGCAUGGGAAUCGUCGAAUCUGUAGGAAAAGGUGUCAAGAAUCUCAAAGUCGGAGAUCGUGUCGUUGCAAGCUUUUCAAUUGGAUGUGGUGAAUGUCCUUUUUGUAAAGAUCAGUUAGGCUCAAUGUGCGAAAAGACAAAUUCAAGUUCAGUAAUGAAAACCUUGUAUGGUCAAAACUUCAGUGGCUUGCUAGGUUACUCUCACUUUGCAGGUGGCUAUGCCGGCUGCCAAGCAGAAUAUUUCCGUUCACCUUACGCAGAUUAUAACCUACUCAAGAUUCCCGAAGGUAUCCCUGAUGAAAAAGUGAUGUUCUUAAGCGAUAUUGUUUGCACGAGUUUCCAUUCAGUCGUUGAUGUUGACUUUCAACCCGGCUCAACAGCCGCCAUCUGGGGAGCAGGUCCAAUUGGUUUAAAUGUUGCUCAAUGGCUGAAAAGAUGCUUUGGAGCCAAACGUGUUGUAAUCAUUGAUGCUGUCCAAAACAGAUUGGAAUUUGCUAAAGAAAAGAUUGGCGUAGAAGUGCUCAACCGUGAUGGAAUGUCUUCGCAAGAAAUCGUUAAGAAGCUGUAUGAAAUGGAAGAAUUAGGCUGGCAAUACUCUUUCGAUACGGCCGGAUUCCGUUACGCUCAAAGUAUCGCUCAUAAAGCUAUGCGUGCAAUGGCAUUGGAAACUGAUACACCCGAAACUCUUAACGAAUGUAUCACUGCAACCCGUAAACAUGGUCGUAUUUCAAUCGCUGCAGAUUAUGCAGGUUUGGCAAACGGAUUCAAUAUUGGUGCAUUGAUGGAAAAAGGCAUCAUGCUUAAAGGUAACGGUCAAGCACCUGCUCAAAAAUAUAUGAAAAAAUUGUUGGAAGAAUACAUUGCUCCUGGCAAAUUUGAUCCAACUCUGAUCUUAACACACAGAUUCGAUCUUUCACAAAUGGAUCAAUUAUAUCACGCUUUCGACCAGAAAAAGACUGACAAGAACUCCGGAGUCGGUGUAUUGAAAACAUUUGUUCAAACCAAGUUUAGCAGUCCACCAGGACCUGGAAUGCCUCAACUUUCAGACAUAAACGUUCUGCAAUAGAUAUAAAGAAACCUACAUACAUGAUCCCGAAUUAAUGACAUAAAAAUAUUAAGCAGUUUUACCAGCAGCUUUUU